CUGGGGAUUAGACUUUUUAUAGGGGGCAUUAAAAGCAGAUAAUAGAGCUUUUUCCCAGCGCAGUGUCAUUGAAUGCCACGCGGUUUUGAGAGCAACAAGCUGACUUUGGCCUCCUCUCUCGUUGCAGUUAAUGCUCUUCCUGUCGACUUUUGACUCUUCCGCCUUCCCUAUUUACUCCUGUUUAAGUCAGCGUCUUCCCAAACACACCCCUCUCUUCUUCCCCUGUUUUGUCUAUAUAUUCACGCCAACCAUUUCUUUCACUUUGCCUUGGAAGCUUGGCUCCGCAUAAAGCACUGAUCAAGUAGGAUUGGAGGAAAACCAGAUCAAGAGUUGCAGAAAGAGAGAUAGAGGAAUUAGAGAAACAUUAAGGACAACUCAUACGCAGUCAUGGGAAGGCCGCCUUGCUGUGACAAAGAAGGCAUCAAGAAAGGACCUUGGACGCCUGAAGAAGAUAUCUUAUUGGUGUCAUACAUACAGCAACAUGGCCCUGGAAAUUGGAAGGCUGUUCCCACCAAUACAGGGUUGUCGCGGUGCAGCAAAAGUUGCAGACUCAGAUGGACUAAUUACCUCAGGCCAGGAAUCAAGCGCGGCAAUUUCACAGACCAAGAAGAGAAGAUGAUCAUCCAUCUUCAAGCUCUUUUGGGCAAUAGAUGGGCUGCGAUAGCUUCGUACCUUCCGCAGAGAACAGAUAACGACAUAAAAAAUUAUUGGAACACCCACUUGAAGAAGAAGCUGAAGAAAAUGCAGACGGAUGUCGAAGGAGACAGCGUGAGAGAUGGGUUUUCGGCUUCGCAUACAUUGUCUCGAGGCCAGUGGGAGAGAAGGCUCCAAACUGAUAUCCAAAUGGCCAAGAGAGCUCUUCGUGACGCAGUGUCACCUCAUAAUAAGCCUUCUGGCUUAUUUCAGUCCAACAUCUCUAAUACCGUCUCCUUCUCUUCCACAUCUGCGAAACCAACCCAAUCCUUAUGCUAUGCGGCGACUGCUGACAACAUAGCUCGUUUGCUGAAGGAAUGGAAGAAAAAUCCGCCAAAGAAAAAUCCCUCCCGCACUAUCUCAACAGUGACUCAGAACUCCCUCGGAAACUUGGGUGCUUGUAGCAAAGAAGCCCCAAGUGAUGAAUACAACAAGGGAAAUAGCUGUGAAACAUGCGAGACGUUUGAGUCAUUGUUUGGGCUGGAGUCUUUGGAUUCUUCAAAUUCUGAGCUUUCCCAAUCUCUGUCUCCUGACCCUGAACCUACUACUCUUUUCCAAGAUGAAAGCAAGCCGGAGUGUGCCGCAGAAUUGCCAUUUUCUUUUCUUGAGAAAUGGCUUCUAGAUGAAGUUGCUUUUCCAGGAACAAGUUAGGGGUGGCGUGUAAUAACAUUAUAAAACGUCAGUUGUUAUUGCAGAUGCCAAUCAUUUUAGACUGGUUAGUUUCGUGUCGCGUAAUUAGGACUCGGACUUGUUGUUAAACUCGGUUACAGGACUCAAUCAGCUCAUCUGGCUAUUCUUUUGCAUAAAUCAAAAGUGGGACAGAGAUCUCAAUCCUUCAGUCUGCCACAAGUGUAUAUGAUAUCACUACUAACUAUCAUAUCAUUCUCAUGAUCCUA